GCUUCUGAACAGGAAGAGAAGAGCCGCAGGGUACGCUUUAAAGAGCCACAUGUGGCUCGUGCGCCGCGGAAUGCGCUGAAGCAGUCGCCCUGAAAAAAUGCAGUGCAGGAAGAAUCCACCAAAUGCGGGCCACUUUAGAACCAUCGCCCCAAAAAUUGUUCCAAAAGUUGUGUCUCCGGUGUCCUGUUUCUCCGCUUCCCUGCCGGAUGUCGCCGUGUCGGGUGUAAGCACUAAGCCACUGGUUAUGCCAACACAAAAUUAUACGUUGAUGAAAGUGGCCGGACAGAAUGGGGCGUUCUCUCUUGUAGCUUUGCCCCAGGUCAAUUCUCCUGUCGGUGCUCCGGUUUUACAGACUGGUACCAUACCACUCCAGGAAAAUCUCAAAUUACCCAUCCCCAGGUACCAAUCCAUGAGAAAUAAAAGGUCGUCGGACAAAAAAGUGAAUGCUGCCAAUGGUCUUAGAAAGAUUAAAUCGGAAAAGCACACGGUGCAGUUAACCCAUGACUGCCCUUGUGAAGUCAUUCCAGAAUCGGAUGGAACCGAAGAAGUGGAGUCAACAAAUCUUCCAACUAUCCCAACAGAGGAUGCCCUUCCAGACGGGAACCCCAAUGCUUCUGGGAUUCCAUCUAGCUUGGCAGACACCGUUCAUGUAGACGAUUCGGUUUUGCCAUUCAGAAACAAAUGUCCUCCUAAACCACUGUGCACAAGAAGUCCUAUAAAAAUUAAACCUGAUCCAGAAAAGAAAACGAGCUCAAACGAGAAUGGAUCCUUCACAAGAUGUGAAAGUAGCAAAGUAGUUGAUUCCGCUAACUCUAUGGCAGUUCUUUCUCCCGUAGUAUUUGGCAGCCCGGUUCGUCUCAUCUCAUCUGCGCCCAAAGGAAAGCUGCCCAUCUUGCCCUAUUCAAAGAUUAAAAAGUCAAUUAUUUCGAAAUGCAAACAAUCUGUGAAUGUCGCUAAGGUUCCUGCUGUGGAUGUUAGACCCGAGUUUAGUAAAGAUCAGUCCUGUGUUAAAACGGCAAGCGACAUCUCUGUAAGCAGUCCUGUCGACGGGGUAUCUGCAGCCAACCAGCCACCCAGCCCUGGUGCCAAGACAGAUAGCGGGGGUCUUGGUAAACCAAACGGCGUGUUAGGAAAAAGAAGAGGAAGGAAAAGAAAAACGAAUAACGAAAUCCUAGCCUAUCAAACUAAAAUGAAACUUGUUGGAAACAGAUUGGUAGUUUGCAAAGAUAAGCUAAAAAUGCAAGUUUUGGAUGCAAAUGUGAAAAAAGCGAUGCUGACCAAGAAAUACAGACGCAUCAUGCCCAAGCCCACCAUGGAAGUACAGGGUGUAAUUUCCCUUGGUUCGUGUACCCCGGCUUUUGAAGUACGUAUGGAGGAUUUAACAAAUAGAAACAGAUGUCAUCAACUGAGAACGUGCAGGUUGAAGCAGGUAGACAUCAUGUCCUUAAAACCAAACGCUGAGUGCAAAACCACCUUAAAAACCUGUUAUAAGUGUCAUAUAUGCGACCAUAACUUUCAGUUUAAGCAUCAUUUGCAAGACCACUUGAACACUCAUACCAACCGGAGACCCUACCACUGCCGCUUGUGCCGCAAGGCCUAUGUUCACUCGGGAAGCCUCAGCACGCACAUGAAGCUUCACCACAGCGAAAGCCGGCUCAAGAAACUCAUGUGUUGUGAGUUCUGUGCCAAAGUGUUUGGACACAUAAGGGUUUAUUUUGGUCAUCUCAAGGAAGUCCAUAGAGUUAUUAUCAGCACAGAGACCUCCAUCAGGCAGCCUGAGAAACCCGAAACCACCAAGGUGAAAGAAGAAGCGGCUUUGAUGGAACGGGAGAAGGGUGCCGAUAAUGAAAACGCUUCGUUUCAUGGACACGAUGAAGAAAUCAAGCUACAAAUUAAGUGUGGCCGCUGUGAUGUGAUAACUCCUACAUUUUCGGACAUGAAGCUUCAUUUAUUUUGUGAACAUGGCGACAAGUUUCAAAAACCAUCAGACGCAGGAAUAUUGGAGUGCCGUCGGGGCACCCAAGAAGACGUGGUCAAACACGCAACCCACUACUGGAAGAUGCUCAACGAAAGGAGAAACAUUUUCAAGUGCAGUGAUUGCGAGGAAGAGUUCCUCGGAUCUUCCAAGCUACGAAAGCAUGUGUGUUUUUCUCAAACCGAUCAGACUGAGCUUCUGGAGAAAGGACCGUUAAUACCGAGUGACAAUGCAGAAGACUUGGAAGAUCGUGGGCCUUCGGUGUCUGGAGGGAAAGUCCAGCUGUGGAAUAAAAAUAACCUCAAUUGCAUUUUGUGCAAACAAGUUUUUGAAGUUAAGGACGAACUCUUAACUCAUUGGCAAGGGAGUCAUAACUGUGAGGACCCGACAAUGCUUUGGACUGUCUUUAGUUCGCUGCCCAGGUUUGAUUAAGAAAUAUGCCAAGGGGCUUUGACACUUUGCACAUCUUUGAACGGAAAAAAAGAAGCAACUUCUAAACCCUGCAAGUGUUUUAUCUUUUUUUUAAUGUCCUUUGGUUGCUUGUGAUACUUCUGUGAAAUGUCGAUGCUUGUUCAAAGUUUUAUCAUUUAGAAUACCUAACGAUAUUGUUAUUAUUUGGAGUAUGUUGUGCCAGCAAGGAAGGAAAACUAGAAACCGGUAUUUUCUUUGGCGUUCUCCUGCAUCUUCUGUGAGAGGAAUGUGAAGCACACCUUGCCUAUGAUAACACGCCACAAAACAGAAUUCACUAAUAGUCUAAUGAGAAUUACGGUUUCAGUAUUUUUGUAGGUUUGAAUCUUUUAGCCUAAAUUUUGUCAUUUCCUCACCUCGGGUAGAAGCAAAGUAAAAAAAGGGGUGGGUGGUUUUUGUGACUUUUUGCAUCAGACAGCAUUGUAAGCGUUGCCUCCCAACGUGAAUAUUCUUUGUGGAGUUUGUAGAUCAUUGUACAGCGGAGGGUCCAUUAAAGGGGUAGAAAUGCCCGCUUUUUCAAGAGCCA